AUGUCUGAAGUAUCCUAAUUAUUAAAAUAAAUAGCAAAAGAGAUGGGAAAAAAUGAAGAAAUGGUAUAGAAUUUUAUAGAAUCAAUUUUAUCUAAUGUUCUUUUUAAUCCUGAAAAUCCCACAUUUAAAAAGAUCAAAAAAUCAUCUAAUGUUUAUAAUGAAAACAUUUUGCCAAUUGUUUCUAUGACUGAGAUUUUAAAAUUAGCGCAUUUUUAAGAGUGUUAAGAAUUUAUUUUUUUAGCUGAUAAUGAUGUUAAUAUAAAUCUUUUGACUUUAUUAGUAGAAUAAGUGAAUUUAAGUAUUUAAGAAAGUUCUAUUUCAAAUUUCAACCCUUAUUAAUCAUAUUCAUGGGGAACUUCAGGCAUUAGCAAUAAUAAAAUUGCAGAAAAGGAAGGUUUUGUAUGCUUUUAUGAUGAAUUAUAAAAACUUUAAAGAAAGAGAGACGAGUUGAUGAAUGUACCUAUUAAAGACAGAAAAUUAAAAGUUUAUAUUUUAAACUAAUUUAGUUAGAAGAAAACGUAAAAUAUUGUUAAUGAAGAUUAUGAAGAAACUUAAGAUAAAUCAAACUUAUUGAAAGAUUAAUUAAAGAAAUUUAUAUAAUAGAAUUUAGAAAACUAAUAGUUUUCAUCAAAAAGUAAAUAAGAAUAUGAUAAAUUACUAAACACUCCAUUAUAUACAUAAACAACUAUAAGAAUAAAAUUUCCAAACAACAUUAUUUUAGAAGCUUUAUUUUGUCCGAAAGAAACAAUAAAAGAUGUUAUUGAUAUUGUUGCAAAACACCUUGAAAAUCCAAACAUACCUUUUUAUUUAUUCACAACUCCUCCAAGAACUAUUAUGGAUAAAAGAUAUUAUGAAAAAACACUUGAUGAUCAAGGAUGUUUACCUGGAGCAAAUUUUUAUUUUGGAAUAGAUGAUUAAUAAUUACUAAGCUAAUAUUGUUUAUUAAGAAAAGACUUAAUUUAAAAAUUAAAAUAAUGA